AUGGAAUACUGCCAGUAAAAUUUACCUACAUCCGCAUGCAUAAGCAUGAAUGUUAUGGCUUAUGCACCUGCGGUUAUCUACUUAAUAAGCUCAAUAUUGAUUACCAAAAAAAAAUCAUUUAUAUUUUAGAUGAAAUCUAAAUAAGAAUAUGAAGAAAAUCUAUCUAUAAUUGAAAGAUCUAGCUUCACUAGAAUGGUGAAGUAAAUACUUACACUUAUUAAUUGCAUGGUUUGCUGCGUUUUUAUUGCUAUUUAUGUUUAGGAGCCAACUAUUUCUAUAAUUGUCCUAGCAUUUUACUCUAUCCAAACUGCAAUUUAUAUUUUAUGCGUUUUCCUAAUGAGUGCUGAAUACAAAAGACAAGGAAAAACAAGCAAGAUAUUGAUUUUGAAUUAUGCUUUAAACUUUUUAUUUUAAGCUGGUGUGGGUGUUUUAUUCUAACUAGAACAUAGUAUCGACACACAUUGUUUUGGAUUACUCAUAAUCCUUUAAGUUACUUCUUUUAUUAGUAUAUUAUCUCUAGUCUUUUUGAGAAACGAUUUUACAAAGGAGGCUAUUCAAAUAUAAAUUAAUAUUAUGAAAUAAGUUGAAAAUAGAUAAUAAAUUAUUACUAAUAAUCUUCUAGAGCAACCAGUAGAUCAAGAAUCUAUUUCAAUAAAAAGCUAAAAAGUUGCAACUCAAAAUAUCACUGCAACAUCAAUUAACAGCAAAUAGUAAUUCUCUGACACUCAUUCCUUCAAAGAUUUAAAUAUAGCUGAUAAUAGCAACAGCUCAUAAUAUGAUUAGGUUUCCAUGAAAAGAUAAACCUCUGCUUUAAAUACUAGUACCCGUUCUGAUGGUUAGGAUAUUCGUGAUAUUUUGAAUGCUAGAUGCACUCCCAGCUUUAGCCAACAUGUAAAUUACUCCACUUUUUCAAAUCAAGAAGAAGAACCUAAGACAUAUUUGUACGCUUAUAGAGACAUCAAGGUAGUUGGCUACAAAGCUAAAAACUAACAUAUGCAAUUUGUGAUUGAAUAUUUCCGUGGUAUUAAAAAAUUAAGAACCUAUCGUACCCACAGAGAUUUCAAGCACUUGAACAAAAAAAUGAGUGAAGAGUUAUUUAGAUCUUCUCUCAGUCUUCCCUUGCUUCCUUAACGUAUCUAAAAAACUGGUACUCUUGACAAGAACUUUAUGAAUGAUAAAGUAGUUAAGUAUAAUAGAUUCUUAAAUUAUAUUGAGUAUAAUAAAAUUGAAAGCAAAGAAUUCACCAAUUUCCUUCUUCCCAUCACUGAGUUAGCUGUUUACGCUCCACCCUCCGAAAAAAGAGAAGAAGACAGUGAAUCUUUCAUUUCUAAUUAAUCACCUCCUGAAAAUAUGUCAAGAACUGAUUCGAUUAAAAAUGAUGAAAAAACUUAAAAUACUAAUAUGCCUGUUUCUCCUUCAUAGUUUUCCCGCUAGAGAGUAUCUUCUGAUGCAAGCUUCAGGGGAAAAUCAAAUACAAUUUACAUAAUUAAUGAAGAUAAAGCUGAUUCCCUUUAAGCUUCUAAAGAAAGUGAGACUCAACAAAAGGAAGUAUCCUCAUCUAUUUAAGAAAAGCAGUUUUUGCUUAUCGAAAAUAAUAUUGAAGAUUUCGCUAAAAAAGAAGUUGGAAAAGAAUCUAAAGAAUCAACUUUAUCAAAUUCAACACAAGCAUCUUUGUAAACUCAAAGAUUAAGAAGCUCAACAAUCUAAAAUAACAGUAAUAAAUCAUAAGACAAAUGUGUUGCUGAACAAUCAGGUCAAAGAAAAGCUCACGAAGAAUCUUUAUUUACUUAAUCAGAAUAAGCAUCUUUUGAUUCUGGCUAUGAUCAAGAAGAAAGAUAAGGAUCAACUCAUAGCGAUGGCUAAGAAUACGGAAGUAUUUUACAAAAUAAUACCUCAAAAUAAAGAAUAUCAUUGAGGGGAAAUACUCUUUUAAGCAACAGCUAAAUAGAAACUCAACCAAAAAGUAAGAACACAAACGCCCAAAGAGAUGAAGCAUUUUCUUUCUCCCAACAAAAUGAGUCAGCUGAAAAUGUCUUUAAGAAAUAAAACACUGGUGUAUCUGAUGAGUUAAAAAUUAUAAUUAACUAACACAAAGAAAUCAAUGGAAAAACAUUCUAUGAAAUUUUAUUCUUCAAAAAUGGAAAAUAAUUGCACAACAUUGAUAAGAGAUACAAUGACUUUAAGGAAUUCCACUUAACAAUGAAGAGCUAAUUAAAGAAGAGUAACUUAGUAAACCUAUUACCUCAAUUGCCUUACAAGCCCAAAAACUCUUAAAAUUUAGUAGACUUUAGAAAGCAAAACUUAGCUAAGUACCUCACUGAAUUGAAGAACAUACCAGUCAUAUCAAAUUCAGAGCUUUUCUAAAAUUUCACAGAGAUAAGUAUUUGA